ACUUUCGCCGUAGAACCUUCACCUGCAUAUCCGUCGUUCCCAUCGCCUCCCGCAUCGUGUCGGACCUGGACCACGGGCGCUCGAGCAAGUCCGCCAGCGUGCUCCUCGUGACCAUCUGGGAGCUCGGCGAGGCCGCCGGUCCACUACUAAUCGCCCCCUUAUCCGAGGUGUUCGGGCGGUACCCCGUGAUGAACGUAGCCAACGGCCUCUUCAUCGCCGCGACCGUGCUCGCCGCGCUGUCACAGAGCACGACGCUUUUUAUUGUGGCGCGCACGCUCACCGGCCUCGCCGUCGCGGGCAACGUCCUCAACCCCGCCAUCGUCGGCGACAUGUUCGUCUCCGAGCAGCGCGGCUCCGCCAUGAGCCUCAUCCAGCUCGCCCCCUUGAUCGGCGGCGCCAUUGGUCCCGCCAUUGCCGGUGCGGUCGCCGAGACGAUGGGCUGGCGCCAGGCGAUGUGGAUGAGCGUUAUCCUGGCCACGGCGUGCGAGCUCGUGUUUUUGACGCUGUUCAGGGAGACGUACAAGGUUGCGGUUCUGCGGCGCAGGGCUGCGAGGUUGAGGCGCGAGACGGGGAACACGGCGUUGAGGACGGUGUUUGAUAUGGACGAUACGUCGAAGAAGAGGAAGGUGUGGGAGGCGAUGGUGAGGCCGUUCACGGUGCUGGCGGGGUCCGGCGUCCUGCAGUUAUUGUCGGUGUUUGGAUCGGUGCUGUUCACGUAUUACUAUAUCAUGGCGACGACGCUCCCGGAUAUCCUGCAGUCCCAGUACGGGCUUUCGGCGGCGGCGUCGGGGUCGACGCUUAUUUUCUUUAGCAUCGGCUCAACUGUGAGCGUCAUGAUCUGCAACUCCACGCUCGACCGGAUCUACAUCAAGCUCCGCGACGCCAACAAAGGGAACGGCCAGCCGGAGUACCGGCUCCCCCUCGUCAUCAUCGGCGGUUUCACGCUGCCCCUCGUCGUGGCCUGGUACGGGUGGGCGGCGCAGUGCCACGCGUCGAUCGCGUGGCUGCUCCUCUCCGUCUCCGUCAUCGGAUUCUGCCUCAUGCUCGGGUUCCUGCCGCUGUACGCCUACGUCGUGGAUGCGUUUGGAUUGUAUGCCGCGUCGGCCAUGACGGCGGUGAUUGUCAUGAGGUGUCUGGCGGGCACGUUCCUCCCGCUGGCUACGGGGUUGCUCGUUGAUAGGUUUGGUCAUGGCAUAGGGCUGUCUGCGAUAGGAGUUGCGAGUCUACUGCUUGCUCCGAUCCCGGUGUUGGUGCUGAGGUAUGGAGCGAAGUGGCGCCAGGGGUCGAAGUAUACGAGGGAUGAAUAGAUUAGAAGUAUAAUCGGUUAAGGCAAUUUACCCAGAUCUAUCAUCAACACUCAUCAACACUCAUAUAACCAACCUGCUCUUACCUACCAAGUACCUAGGUAGGUUAGAUGCCUGGGUAGGUACAAAAAUAGAUGCCAUGUGCAAACAUUGGAUGGAGGAAGGAGGUAACUAAGUGU